GGUUGCACAGUCGCGCGCAAGCACCGGCAAGGGCGCGCGCGCGCUUCUGUCCAUCCACCGUCUGUACGCGUGCGAGUCGCGCCGCGCUUCCGUUUUCAUUUUCGCUCACACCUAUAGAGUGUACGUCACACCGGACACGCCAUUUUCCUAGGUUUGCGACCACAAAGACACAUGAUCAGACAGAAACCAUUCAUGUUGCCAUUAUGGGUUGUGGCGCCUCAGUAGCCACGGAGAGCCAAGGAAAGCCAUCAGAAAUUGCUCCUCAUGCAGAGUUGAUGGUCAAACCACCCAGCCCGAUACUGGCAAUGAAAGCUGCAGUACUGAUCCAGCGCUGGUAUCGGCGUUACAUUGCCCGGCUUGAGAUCAGGAGACGAUACACUUGGAACAUCUUCCAGUCCAUAGAGUAUGCAGGAGAACAAGACCAACUACAGCUUUCCAGUUUCUUCAGCUUCAUGUUGGAUAACUUCACACAGCUCAACGGGAAUGGACCAGAUCUGAUCUCUCACUUGCUGGACCCUGCGGUAGACCCUGUUACAGAGGAACUCCGACAGUACAAGUACGAGCAGAUCGCCGUUCCCGAGACAUACAUCGGCCCUCGCCUCUCCUUCCCCCUGAGCGUCACAGAUACCAACACGCUGCUCAGCGCCUUCAAGGAGCAGCAGAUUCUCCACGCCAAAUACGUGCUACAGUUACUUCACGAGACGCAGAAGUUUCUAAAACAGAUGCCAAAUGUUAUUUACCUGUCGUCGUCCUACGCCAAGGAAAUCACCAUCUGCGGUGAUCUUCACGGAAGGCUAGACGACUUGCUCCUCAUAUUCUAUAAGAAUGGUUUGCCAUCUGCUGAGAACCCCUACAUCUUCAACGGGGACUUUGUGGAUCGUGGAAAGAAGUCCAUGGAAAUUAUCAUCAUCCUAUUCGCCUUUCUGCUCCUGUACCCAGAUCACAUGCACCUCAACCGAGGCAACCACGAGGAUCACAUCAUGAACCUGCGAUAUGGCUUUACUAAAGAAGUGAUGCAGAAGUACAAGACUCACGGGAGAGAAAUCCUCCAGCUCCUUCAGGACGUCUUCAGCCUGCUACCGAUCAUGACCAUCAUCGAUAACAAAGUCCUCAUUGUUCAUGGCGGCAUCUCGGAUGAAACCGACUUGGACUUUCUGAGCUCUGUCGAAAGGCACAAGGUCAAGUCAGCUUUGCGGCUGCCCAAGUGCAGUUUGGAUCACAUGGGAGUCUACAACACCAGCAAUGACAAGGCGAAGCGUAAGAGGAAGAGUCGCCUCACCUGGCAGAGCAGCAGCUCUUCAUCCUCCUCCUCCUCCUCAGUGUGUUCACCCCGAGGAUCGCGGCGUGUUCCCCCGUCCCCCAAACUCCCUAACCCUGCUGACAUACUGCAGGUUCCCUUCCUGGACUCCAUAGUGUCUCUCGCUCUGCCUGAGGCACCUAGAGAAGAGCAGGAAUGGAAGCAGAUUGUGGAUGUGUUGUGGAGCGACCCAAAGAGCCAGAACGGAUGUAGUCCGAACUCUUUCCGUGGAGGAGGAUGCUACUUCGGGCCUGAUAUCACACGGCGGCUCCUGGAAAAGCACGGCAUGUGCUUACUUAUCCGAUCACAUGAGUGCAAGCAGGAGGGCUAUGAGCUCUGUCAUGAUGGACAGGUAAUCACUAUUUUCUCGGCAUCCAACUACUACGAGGAGGGCAGUAAUCGUGGUGCAUACAUAAAGCUGGGUCCGGAUCUGAUCCCACGUUUCUUCCAGUACCAAGUGAGCCGUAGCACCAGGAAGCUUACCUUGCAACAGAGAGUCAGUGUGGCUGAAAGUUCAGCUCUAAAGGCUCUGCAGGAGAAGCUGUUUGCCCAUCGCUCUGAACUCAUGGCUGCCUUUCAGCAAUAUGAUAUAUACAACACAGGCAGGAUCUCCACCAACGAAUGGGCUCAAGUAGUGGAAUCAGUGCUGAGGUUGGAUCUUCCAUGGCGUACUUUGAGACCACAUCUUGUGCGUCUGGCCUCUGACGGCAACGUAGAAUACGAGUCAUGCUUUGAAAACAUUGGUCCAGGGCAACCAGUGCCACAGGUUGCACCAAAUUUAGCAGAAACACUGUACAGGUACCGAACUGACCUUGAGAUCAUCUUCAACAUCAUUGACAAGGACCAUUCUGGUCAGAUUUCCAUCGAGGAAUUCCGCCAGACGUGGAAACUGUUCAGCUCUCACUUGGGUGUGGACGUGGAUGACCGAGCAAUCGACGACAUGGCACGCAGCAUCGAUUUCAACAAGGAUGGCAGCAUCGACUUCAAUGAGUUCCUUGAGGCUUUCCGGGUCGUACAUAAGUUGGACAUGAAGGAGCAGCAACAAGGCUGACACGCACAUACACACACACAAACACUCAACAAAGACAAGGGUAUAAAACACUGUUAAUCUAUAGUGCAGAUAUUUAUUCCUUUGUCAUGAAUGUAUCUGAACAUCUGUAUUCCCAUUCAUAUGAAUUUAAUGGCACUGGAUCCUGAUUGCACUUUGUUUAAAAUUCAACACAGGGUGUAAUAUAUGCAUAGUUGGUAAGCAUUAAUAUGCUUAUGUUUAGGUCUCUUUAUUAAGGUUUUUGUUUCUUUUUUCUCUUUAUAUAUACAGUUUUUAAGAAUACAGAUGUGAAAGAAGCCUGUAACUCAGCACCAUGGAGCUACUAUAUUUGAUUCAGUUAUGAAAUGAUGGAUAAUUAGUGGAUAUUGAUGGAGGAAUUAUACUCAUAUAAUAUAAUGUGGUGUAUUAUGAGGGAAGAAAGAUUUUUAAGAUUUAAAUCUAAUCAAUCAGGCAUAACAUUAUGAGCACUGCCAGGUGUUAGUGGGUGGGAUAUAUUAGGCUUCAAGUAAACAUUUUGCCCUCAAAGUUGAUGUGUUAGAUGCAGGAAAAAUGGACAAGUGUAAGGAUUUAAGUGGGUUUGACGACGGCCCAAGUUGUGAUGGCUAUUCAAUUCAAUUCAGUUCAAUUUAUUUUGUAUAGUGCCUUUUACAAUGAACAUUGUCUCAAAGCAGCUUUACAAAAGAAGAGAAAUGGAGAAAGGGGAGGGGAAAAAAUUAAAAUAAAAAAAUAUUUAAAAAAAUAACUAAAUACCUAGAAAUAAGAAUAAAUUAUUAAAUUAAAUUAUUAAACUAUUUCAUUUUAUCCCUAAGGAGCAAGCCUGUGGCGACGGUGGCAUGGAAAAACCCCCUGGGAUGAUAUGAGGAAGAAACCUUGAGAGUAAUCAGGCUCAGAAGGGAACCCUCAUUUGGGUGACACUAAACAGUAAAUAAUGUAACUGUAACUGUCCUUUCAACAACAGCAAUCAAUGGCCCAUGAGGAACUAUUAGGUCAGUGUAGUUUCUGGCUAGACCACUGGAUCAGAGCAUCUCCAAAACUGCAGCUCUUGUGGGGUGUUCCCGGUCUGUAGUGGUCAGUAUCUAUCAAAAGUGUUCCAAGGAAGGAACAGUAUUGAACCGGCGACAGGGUCAUGGGCGGCCAAGGCUCCUUGAUGCAUGUGGGGAGCGAAGGCUGGUCCAUGUGAUCCAAUCCAACAGACGAGCUACUGUUGCUCAAACUGCUGAAGAAGUUAAUGCUGGUUCUGAUAGAAAGGUGUCCGAAUACACAGUACAUGACGGGUCAGGGCUGUUUUGGCAGCAAAAGGGGACUAACACAAUAUUAGGCAGGUGGUCAUAAUGUUAUGCCUGAUUAUUGUGAAACAGACACACCAUAUGUUCUUGAUACCUGAAGAAUAAUUUGAAGUUCAGUUGCACUUUGCCUGGACGUUUGUUCAGUAUCGAUAAAAGAUCAGCCUGUAGAUUGACAUUUUGUUGAUUUUUUAAGUAGACAUAAUAUUUUUUAUAUUAGGGUUUUAUAACAUUUUGUGCACUGUGGUAGUCAAAACAACGUAGCUGUGAGGAAAUAGCACUAGAUUAAGUACAUUUUAUCAAAUUAGUUGGUCAGAAAAGCAAAAUCAGAUCCAAAAAACAAUAAAGCCUUCAUCAAUGUUAUAUUUAUUCCAGUAUGUGCAAAAGUUUAAUAGUGAAUGAAAUUAAAGGUUUAGAGUUCAGAAAAACAUCAUUUUGGUGUCAGAAAUGGGACUUUUACAUGUAAUAAUAUCAAACAUCUACAUAUCUAUAAUGAAUAAUAUAGAUAAUGAAAUUUCAGGUUUCUAUCAUGUACUUUACAGAAGGGUAGCAUGUCUGUCAGUUUGUUUCAACUUUCACUGUGACAUUUCAUAAUGAUUUACCAUCAAGAAUUUUUGGGGUAAAAAAAAAUGAGCCAAUAAAUCAUGUCGGAUGAGGUCAAAUUAAAAUUUUGUUAAAUCACUUUUUGAUUAUAAUACAGGCUUUUUAGGGGGUCAGAGUACUAAUAUGAAUUGAUCUGCACAUCUUGAUUUGGCAAGAAGCUCCACAUCUAUCAAAUCGUGAUGGGAUCUCCACAGUUUUCUGAUAUAAAUUAGAUCAUUAGAGCUCCUCUCUGAUUGGACCAUUCAAAAAAUAUUGAUCAUCAUCUUCUGAACCCUUUCCUUUGUUGACUUGGAGUUUGUGGUUUGGGUCAUUAUCGUUUUUGUUGUGUUCAUUUGUCAGGUUUUAAGGUAAGUUCGAUUGGUACAUGGUAUCCAUGAUUCCCUGUCUUGACACAGUCCCUGCUGUGAAAACAAGCAGCUGUAGAGCAUGAUGCUGCCACCACCAUGCUUUACUGUAGGUCAGGUGUUCUUUGAGUCAUAAUCUGUAUCUUUUUCUGUAUCUUAAAAUAUUCAUUCUUUGCCUCAUCAGUGAGAAAAGGCUUCUGUCCAGCCUUCUUACCUCAUCACUUACAGAUUUGUAAGUGCUUUGUAGACUUUGUGGAAGUCAGAACAUCUUGAAACCAAGAUGAUGCUAUUGAAACAGCUGAUGUUUAUUUGGUAUUAAUCAGGAUAGUUUCACUGAUGACAGGUAUGAGGUCAUUACUUUUGUAUAUGAGAUUAUCAGUUACAUUCCCCAGGUUAAACGAGUGCAGUGGUCAGUUUUAUACAAGUUCUACAAUCUAGGAUUCAACUUUUAAAAGUAUUCUUGAAUAACAGAAAUUCGCACAGGAAGUAUCUUAAAGUUCUCAAUUAGACAACUGUAUCUAACAGGGAAUUUAAUUCAGCUUUAAAUAAAAAUACUUUUUGUUUUAAAGAAAUAAUAUAUAAUGCAUUCAUGGUCAUGUUUUAGAUUUGUCUGUAAGCUUUUAACAAACUAUUACUGAAAUACACUAGAUUAUAAACUGACUGGUCAAUGCAUGGCAAGAUUCUUCUGCUCUUUUUUGUCAUCAGGGUGUAUGAGAAGCACAUGGAGCCUCAGUUUGUCCUUUUUUUUUUAACUGUGGGGUGUCCAGGAGACAGCUUUUUGAAUGAAGAGCAAUUCACAUUCCACAACAGAGAAAAUGAGCACCAUUUAAGAUGUCUCAUAGGGGUAGAAGGUUGUUUCUUUGCCCAUAGUCAUGUUUAUCCCUGCAGAACACUGUGCUAAUAGCUCCCGCAUACACCUUCUUACAAACUUUGUCAGAAGUACAGGGAUUUAUAGUUGUUUUCUUUUUUCCAGCAUGUUCUGUUUCCACCAUCAAAAGAGCCCUUUGAGAAUCCAUGGGGUUCUCAUGCUGUUUCUAAAAUAAAACCCCUGGUGUUAACACGAA